AUGGCCAUUGAAGCUGGUUCAGCCCUGUCCUCAUCGAGGCGUGAUUCUCUCCAAGCUGCUGGCAGCGUCUUCUUCGUUUCUUCGGCUGGCCGUGUUCUGAAACUCCCGAUUCCGAGCAACUCUCCUCGAGACCCGUUAACAUGGUCUCGAUCCAAGAGAUGGCUGGCCUUUAUUGCGUUGCAGCUCUACUCCGUCGUGGCCUCUUUUGAACUCAACCUUCUUGGAGUCCUCGGCAAAGCCAUCAGACUUGAGUUCGACGAAGAUCAGGACAUGGGCCCUUUCGGCAUCCAGACACUGUCUUCCGCAAUGACACUGUUUACUGGUUUCGGGUAUCUGUUGGCGAUUCCUCUUUCUACCGGUGUUGGACGACGGCCUGUCUUCGUGGGGGCCGCACUUCUCACCACCACCUCUACGCUAUGGGCUGGGAUAGCUGGUGGUUUCACCCAGCUGUUGACAGCCCUCUGUUUGCAAGCCCUGGCUGCUGGGGCCGCAGUUAGCAUGUGCGUUCUCAUAACAAUAGACGCCACAUUCAUCGAUGAACGUCCCAGUGCUCUCUCGCUGUUCUGGUGUACUGGGUCGGCUUUCAUCAAGAUGAGCCUCAUAAUCCUGCCGUUCAAGACAGACUUGAACACCAACUGGCGUAUAGUCUACAAAAUAUGGACUGCACCCUGUUUUGUCGCUCUCAUCGCCGCUCUAGUCUUCGUUCCGGAGACGUACUUUCUGCGGCCUCCAGUUGCGCUUGAUGGACGAGUGCUUGUCCAACAUAGCUCCGAGAAAGUGCAGAUUUACGCGGGAUGGGAGGAAAUCGAGGACCUUGGUUCAGAGAGACCUCUACCUGAACUUCCAGUGGUCCACAAUCCCUUCUCCCGUCUUGUGAUCAGAAAAGCGCCUGGGGCCAGUUUCAAGGGCAUGCUUGCGACAUACAUGCAGAUGCUGCUCUGCAUUCUGAACCCAUUAACCUUCUGGGUCUCCCUCCUUACCGGCGUCAUACUCAGCGGCGCUAUCUUCUUAGGCCUGACGCAGCCCACUUUCCUGGCAGUCACUCACGGUCAUGAUCCCGAGAAUGUCAGUAUACUCUUGGGAGUCGCAGGAAUUGUCGGCUCCCUUGUGGCAUUCCCAUUCACCGGCCCUUUAAUCUCCUGGUUCACACGGUACUACACAAUGCGAGCGGGUGGCAUGCGACAUGCCGAGGUUUAUUUACCGGGCUUCGCUAUUCCUGUCAUUACAGGCUUGGCCAGUGUGAUACUCAACGGCCUUGCAAUAAAGAUGGAUUGGGCGCCAGCUUGGAUGUAUGUCUCCUCAUCCUUGAGCAUUUUCAGCUGGCUCGCCGGAAACGUCGCCUUUACCCUUUGGAUAACUGAAGCUUUUCCCCGAUGGGCUGCUGCUGCAUUAUCUGUCCAGCUCUUCGUCGGAAACCUGAUAAGCUUCGGUAUUGGCAGCGCAAUCACGCCUUGGGUUCACUCAGAUCACAUCAUUGAGCCAACUGGGCUCAUUUCCGCACUGAUGCUCGUUUUGGGUGUUCUUGCUGUCCCCAUCGCUUUCUGGGGCAAAAGCAUGCGACAAUAUAUCCACGGCCGGUGGAGUGAUUCCGAGAAGGGAGCUUUGCGUCCUCAAUAG